AUGGAUGGAAACAGCUUAAGUGGCUUGGUGAACAAGGAGAUCAGCUUGGAAAAUCGGCUUGGCUUGGGAGGUGAGGAUAUAGUUUGCAUCGGUGUCAUUCUUCGUGAUUCUCACGGUACUGCUCAGGUUAAGAGUGUUACUGGCAAUAAGAUCUUGCGCAUUCUUAAAGCUCAUGGACUUGCUCCGGAGAUUCCUGAGGAUCUUUACCAUUUGAUUAAGAAGGCUGUCUCGAUUAGAAAGCAUUUGGAAAGGAACAUGAAGGACAAAGACUCCAAGUUCAGGUUGAUUCUUGUGGAGAGCAGGAUUCACCGGCUAGCUCGCUACUACAAGAAGACCAAGAAGCUCCCACCUGUUUGGAAAUAG